AUGUACAAACAUCACAAUCUCAAGUUCCUUGUUAUAGUGCACAGUGCUACCCAAAACUUCCAGAGACGGCGACUGAUCAGAGAGACGUGGGCCAAUAAGAACCUCUUCAAAGGCCUCAGCGUAAGGAUACUGUUUCUAUGGUCCCUCAAGGUGGACGAUGACAUGUUCAUCAAUCCAUUUCUUCUCUUAGAAAAAUUCUAUCCGCUCCUGAAGUCGAAACAAAAGACAUAUAUUAUGUCACCUCCGCGGGAAGGGUCUAGCCCAAUAGUACGUGGAACCAGGAAAUGGAAGGUUGAGGACGAUCAGUUUAAAGGUUAUUCUCACUAUCCCAUCAACUACUGUAACGGUUAUGUUGUGUUGAUAUCAACAGAAAUAAUUCGGGCGAUGUACCGUGCGUCGUACAUGACGCCGUUCUUCUGGGUAGACGAUGUGUACCUCUAUGGACUACUACUGCUGAAAGCUGGGGUGUCACACAUGAUCAGAUACGUAACAAUAUGA